AGAUCAUGGAUGGUAAACAAGAUGUUGAGGAAACGACGUGUGACAAAUCAAACAUUCAAGCAGGUUUAUUUGGCAUUCACGGAAAAAUCUAAGCUACUGAAAGUAAAUUGAGUUUUUUGCAGUGCCGGUAGUGAAUGUGACACACGGACAUGAGCGGCUGUUCAACAGGUCUGACUCCUUCUCGCAGCUCCGGCUCAGUCUGCAGCCCCGCGCUCGCUUCUUCUUUAACACAGAUGUUCAGCAUGUUGGACACCGCUGCAGAGCAGAUGAUGAUCCACACUGAUUUCCAGGCAGCCUUUGACACAUGCAACAAAGGUCUGGAGAGCCUCGCCGACAUGGAGCAGGAGGACAGCCGAUGUGGAGACUUCAAGGCUGGCCUCUGCAUCUUAGGGAUUCAAGCACUGGCUGAGCUGAACCAGUGGCAUGGAGUCCUCUCCUGGGUCCUCCAGCAGUAUGAGCACCACGACAAAAUACCAGCUAAAAUAAUGCAGAUGUGCAUACUUCUUUACUCCAAGGUAGAGGAGCCAGCAGUGAUGCAGGAUGCAGCCAGGGCUUGGCUACACUGUCCGUCCAACAGCGGAGUGACAGGGUUCGGGACGGUGGCAGAGCUGUACCUGCUGCAUGUCCUCGUCCCUCUUGGACGCAGAGACGAGGCUCUGCAGCUGAUUUUCGGGGAGGUUGGAAGCAGCGUGUUCACAGAAGACCAGAGGCAGUUGGCGCUGGAAGUUGUGGAGGAAAAAGAGCGACAGAAUCAAGAUCCGCCUCAAAGUCCCAGGAUGAGUCCAAACUCUGAGACAGCUGCACAGGCUGUGUCGUCUCCAGGAGGUGUAAUCUGUAAACUUGAAGCCAUGCUCAGAUUUCUGUACAGAAAGCUGCUGUUGACCCACACUGGCUCGUUCUGUCUGCGGAGAGUCUUUCUGGCUGCCGUCCUUCUCUACAUGCUUUUCCUGCGAUUGGAUCCAGCUCUUCCAUCUUCAUUCAUCUGGAUUUCCAAACUUCUUCAACUGUUCAAACAGAUGUGGAGUGCCAUGUUUGCACCGUACUAUCAGGCGCUCACUCAGAGCAAAGGACUGUGAAGGACUUUUUCAAGUUUCAUUACACCGGCUUAAACAUCAGUCAUAUGAACAACUUUUACUACUCCAAAUAAAUACGUUUACAGCAGUUUUAGAAACCACAGACAUUUGAUGGUCCGCAAACUGAGAGGAACUGAUUUAUCAUCUGAUUUAUUGUUAGUUUUUUCUUUUAAUGGUGCUCUUCACUAAAUCUUUCCAGUAAAAUCCCCUCAGGUCUUCACCUGCUCAUCCUUCAGGCUGGUUCAGCUCCCUCUUUAUCAUAAUAAUAGCUUUACUGAGCCUCACUGACAUGUUUUCUUCACAGGAGUCUGUUGGCCAACACUGCUGCAUCCAUAACAGACUAAAAAUAAAACAGAUGUAAGUAAAGUAUCGAAGGAAUAAUUAAUCCAAAAACACAUGUGAAUAAUGUAAAACAGAUAUGAUAACUAUAUUCAUGUUUUUAUUUUUUCAUGGCUUGUGAGCGUAAUCCAGAGUGAGACAAUAAACUGAAACCUUUUACCACA